AUGAUGAGAGGCAAAGGUGAUGAACGAUUUGCACUCUCUACAUCUGCGCCUACUGACACUGCUGCUAUAACUGAAAGUGCAAAAGUAAAUAAGGAUCAACCCGAUGGUGCCGCUGCACCACAAGUUUCAACUGCUGAACCUGAACCAACUAAUCCACAAGUUUCUCUAUUUGGUAGAGAAACUGGUUCAACAGAUGUUACUGAAGCAUCAGUUACGAAAGACGGAAAAAUAGUAACGGCUAUCCUCAAUGAUGGUACAACCAUUGUCUUACCACCAGGAACUACAGCUACAGUUAAUGCUGAAGAUCUUACAACAGUUGCUACUGAAACUAUUGAACCAGCUGCGACUGGAAUAGUCGUCGAUGGUACUACUAUUGGUGCUGCUACAGUCGAAGCAGUGACUGCUGAUGUCAAUGGAACUAGCGAUGCUGCAGAUGAAAAAGUAACAAGUGCUGAUCUUGAAACAUCGACUAUUAUAAUUGUCGAUAAUGGUACAGAUAUCUUUACAUCGAUUAAACCAGACGGUAGUGAUAUUGAACAAGAUAAUGCAACAGCUAUUAUUAUUGAAGGAACAACAAGUGUUAAUGAAAAUGUUACUAUCGAUUCCAAUGCAACAACAAUUGCUUAUAAUGAAACAGCAACAGAUAUUAAUAUUGGUCUAACUACAAUUUCAUCAAAUGAUACAACAUCAGAAAAUGAUACCAUAUCGGCAACAACAUCAGAAACAGCAACUGUCGAUGACUAUGACGAUGAAUAUCAAGCAGAUCCUAAAAGAAAAAAGACAACGACACUAAUUACUUUCACAAAUGAUGAAGAAGCAGAAGAUGAUGCAAUUAAUGAUGAUGAUGAUGUCAUAACUAUUACAAGUAAAGAUCGACGAACUGAGAAUAAAACAAUAGCAACGAUUGAUGAUGUUGAAUAUUAUGAUGAUCCAGAUGAAGAUAUUAUUAUCGAAUAUAGAUCUCCAAUUACAACCACUAAGUCAACAACAACAACAACAAUAGAAGAUACUGAAUAUUAUGAUGAUGAGGUAGACAUAGAUGGUGUAGUUCGAAAUAUAGAUACAACCGUAGCAACAACAACAAUAAUAAUCACCACUCAACGAGUGGUGCAUGAAAUAUUAGGAACAGAAGAUGAUGUUGAAUAUUAUGAUGUUGAUGAUGAUGAUGAGAAUGAGAGCGAAGUGAUAAAAGGAAAUCAAACAUUCAAAGAAUCAUUAUAUCCAGAUGUAAAACAUGCUACUACACCUGCACCAGCUCAACCAACACCUUCUAUUCGUGUUGAACUUCGUGUUGUUGUCAGUCCAGAAAUUCUACAAGUACAACGUGGUCAAACAUAUGAAAUUACUUGUAGCGUUUAUGGUGCUGAUGCAAGUACAACUAUUUAUUGGAUUCAAGAAGAACCUGAACGACGUUAUGCUCUUAUUGAUGC